AUGAAACAAGGCGAUAUGAAGAAGUUAUUGGCUAUUUUAUUUCUGGUUUUUGGAGUUCAAAGUCUGACUGGACCAGAGCAAGUUCAUAUUGCUUUUUAUACGAGCCCGUGGGAUAUUUCAGUUACUUGGAUCACGUUUGAAGACGCUGACCCUGUAUUAACCUAUGGAACUUCCACUGCAUCAAUGCAAAAUAUCACUGGAACUACAAACACCUGGAAAUUCGGAGGAAUCAUUCGACACUCUCAUGUUGUGAUUUUGAACUCUUUGAAACCCUCAUCUCAAUACUAUUAUCAAAUCGGGAGUCGUGUUUUUACUUUUCGAACUCUAUCAGCCAACCUGAAAUCUUAUAAAGUUUGUGUAUUCGGAGAUCUCGGGGUCUAUAAUGGAAGAUCCACUCAAAGUAUCAUCAAUAAUGGAAUUGCUGGAAAAUUCGAUUUUAUCGUUCAUAUUGGAGAUUUGGCUUACGAUUUGCAUAGUAAUAAUGGAAAAUUGGGAGACCAAUAUAUGAAUACUCUGGAACCAGUUAUUUCAAGAAUCCCUUAUAUGGUGAUUGCUGGAAAUCAUGAGAAUGAUAAUGCAAACUUCACAAAUUUCAAGAAUAGAUUUGUGAUGCCACCGACUGGAUCAGAUGAUAAUCAAUUCUACAGCAUUGAUAUCGGGCCAGUUCAUUGGGUGGGUCUCAGCACAGAAUAUUAUGGAUUCGAAGAACAAUACGGCAACACGUCAAUCUUCACUCAAUACAACUGGUUGACUAAGGAUUUGGAAGCGGCUAAUAAGAACAGAGAUAAUGUUCCAUGGAUCACGCUAUAUCAGCACCGCCCAUUUUAUUGUAGUGUUGAGGAGGGAGCAGAUUGUACACUUUAUGAGAAUGUUGUACUUCGACACGGCGCCCUAGGGAUUCCCGGUCUGGAACAAGAAUACAUCAAAAACUCGGUUGAUAUUGGUUUUGCCGGACACAUGCAUGCUUAUGAACGUAUGUGGCCAGUUGCUGACUUGAAGUACUACAAAGGAGAAGAAGCAUAUCACAAUCCAGUAGCCCCUGUUUAUAUUCUAACUGGAUCCGCUGGUUGCCACUCGUCUGGAAUGAAAUUCAGUCCGAUUCCAAUGCCUUGGAGUGCUCAUCGAAGUGAUGAUUAUGGGUAUACUGUAAUGACAGUUGCCAAUACGACUCAUAUUCUUUUUGAACAAAUUUCAAUUAACAAGAAUGGAGGAGUGAUUGAUUCCGUUUGGGUCAGUAAAGAUAUUGGUCAUCUUCAUUCUGAAACUUACAAAAUUCUAGUUUUUUCUCCCGCGACAAGCAAAUCACAUUUGAUUUCUAACGGAAGGAUUGCUGAUGAGCUGGCUAGAGCCGGUCACAAUGUGACACUGCUAGAAAUCGAUUUUUUGGGGAUUGUAGACACUACAAAAAGUGCGAAGUUAGUCGAAAAAACGAUAGUCCGAACACCGAAACGAAUGCAACAAUUCAAAGAUGUACUUAAUGGAUUUUCUGAAGCUGUGAUGGAAGAUGUUGGGUUGAUAGAUCUGUUGAAUGGAAAUAUAUUGUACCAAAAUGCUCAUAACGCACUUUGUGAAGAAUUCCUCGAAAGAGACGAUAUUUUCAAUAAGCUCAAAGCCGAAAACUAUGACGGAUUCUUCUCGGAACAAUUGAAUAUUUGUGGUUUUGGAUAUGCGAAAGCUCUAGGAAUCGAACGAAGAUUUCUCAUUUCAAGUUGCCCUCAAUUCUCUCAUGUUUAUGAUUACACAAGUCAUCCAGCUCCAUAUGCCAGUGUUCCAUUCUCUUCGGAUAUGAGUCCCGAGCCAACUUAUUACGAAAGAGCCAAAAAUCUACUGAAUGGAUUCACAUGCAAUAUACUUUUCCGUUACUUGCACACUCAAUUGACGUCAAUUUUUAGAAACAAAUUCGGACAAGACUUCCCUUCGAUCCCAGAGAUCGUGAGAAACGUCGACAUCAUCUUCUUGGCAACAGAUGAAAUCAUUGACUUCUCUGCUCCUACAUUACCAAAUCUUGUGAAUAUCGGAGGGCUCGGUGUGGAUGAUGACACCACAGAAAUGAGUCCAUUCUUCGAAGCAGAAAUGAAAAAAGGAGUGAAAGGAGUUAUCUUUUUCUCUCUUGGAACCAUUGCCAACACUUCAACAUUUGAUAAAAAAGUAAUGGAGUCUUUUCUGGGAAUAGUCAAGAAGUUUCCAGACUAUCAUUUUCUAAUCAGAGCUGACAAGUAUGAUAAGAAUACGAAAGAAAGAGCAAAGGGCAUUUCAAAUGUAUUAGUUUCUGACUGGCUUCCACAACCUGCUAUUCUUCAUCAUCCCCGUCUGCGUACUUUCAUUACUCAUGCUGGAUAUAAUGGUCUCGUGGAAGCUGCUCGUGCCGGAGUUCCUCUCAUCACAAUACCAUUUAUGUUCGAUCAAAAUCUGAAUAGUAGAGCAAUUGAGAAGAAAGGAUGGGGAAUCAGAACAGACAAGAAGCAAUUGCUAAAUGAUCCAGAUUCUAUUGAAGCUGCUAUAAGAGAAAUGCUCACGAAUCCCAGUUAUACGAAGCAGGCACAUCGCAUCCGUGACCUCAUCAAAAGCAAACCAAUGGGAGCUCGAGAAAGAUUCAUCAAGACAACAGAAUGGGUCAUUAAAAAUGGAGGAGUUCAUGAGUUACUGACGGAAGGAAGAGAUUUGAGUCUGAUCACAUCAUAUAACUUAGAUAUUUUUGUUCCGCUUUUGUUCGUUUUCUUGUUCUUAAUUGUCAUUCCAUUUUUGAAACUUAUCGGUGGCUUUUAUUAUUUCAGCUGUUUUGGUCACAUUGUAUCAAAACACAAAAAGGAUUAG